UUCUGAGUGGGGAUAAGCUAAAUACAGUUUCACAGAAAAUGGUGGCGGCCAUUACCGCGUCUUCCCCGAAAUCCUCAAUCUUUGACAACCCAAUUACAAAAUCUUGCUUUUUAGGUGGGUCUUUAAAGGGUUUUCCUUUAGAGCUGAAACCCAGAAGCCAGAGGAGAUAUGGCUUCAAUUUGGUGGUCGCUUCGACAUCAUCAACCAGUGACCGCAAUAAUGGUGGUGGCAGGUUUUACUUCAACAUCACUGGGUUUCCUUUCCCUCUGGGACCUUUCCUCAACAGGCGCACCAUAAGGAGUGAGGUUGUGAAAGGUUGCAUAUGGCUAUUCGAGCAAGAGCAAGCUUUAGGCUUUAGCAGUGUCUCUACAAAUAUCCGGAUGACAGUCAUAAAACUAAAAUCUGGAAAGUUAUGGGUUCAUGCACCCAUUGCUCCAACCAGGGAGUGCAUUCAGCUAGUAAAAGAGUUGGGGGCUCCUGUAGAAUACAUAGUUCUGUCUACAUUUGCAUAUGAGCAUAAAAUUUUUGUGGGCCCAUUUUCUAGAAAGUUCCCUCGAGCUCAGAUAUGGGUGGCACCAAGGCAGUGGAGCUGGCCCUUGAAUCUGCCGCUUGAGUUUUUUGGGAUUUUUCGUGCAAAAACCUUGAAAGAUGAGGACUUAUCUACUCCAUGGGCUGAUGAGAUUGAACAAAAAGUUCUAAGCUCCCCUGAAGUUGGAAUCGGACCAUAUGUAGAGGUAGCUUUCUACCAUAAACGUUCUCGAACUCUACUGAUAACGGAUGCAGUAAUUUUUGUUCCAAGAAAGCCGCCUGAAUGUAUCAGCGAAGAGUCCUUGUUAGCAUCGGCAAAGAAUGGUUUGGCUGUAAAAAUUCUCAGUAAAGGCAAGAAAGUCCCUGAAGGACCAGUUGUUGACAACCCAAAGAACCGUCAAAAAGGUUGGGAGAGAAUGGUUCUCCAGAUCUUGUUUCUUGGUCCAUCAAACUUAUUGGAGCCUAAUGCUAGUUUUGCUCAGAUGUCACAGAAGUUGAUAGUUUCACCCAUUGUAAAGACUCUGGUAUUCAGCAAAGUUCCUGAAAAGGUCAAGGAUUGGAUUGAUAGGAUAGCAAGGGACUGGAGGUUCAAAAGAAUAAUUCCUGCUCAUUUUGCUGCUCCAAUAAAUGCUGGCAGAUCCGAAUUCCUCGCUGCAUUUGUAUUCCUCGACGACCUUCUAGGCGAACGUUAUGUCACUCGGCCCUCGCUCUCCCUUCUUUUCGCAACACUGCUGGGCAAGGCUGCCAGUUACUUCCCACCAGAUGACAUGAAGACUCUGUCAUCCCUUGAUCAGUUUUUAGUCUCUGUGGGAGCUGUGAAGAAGACGGUCUCUGGAAGGAAACGUUCAACAUGAAAAGAUAAUUCAUUCAAAUAAACAAAGUUGACAAUCUGUAUAUCAAGUGCAUAAUGGAGCACCACUACUUUGAGCUUACACCAAGCAAGCAUAUAUUUUUAGUGCCACAAGUGUAAGAUGUUCUUAUAUGAAAUGGAAAUUCAGAAACAUAGGAUCUGAGUAGAAAUAUGGUUCUUCUUGGACUACUCUGUUUUAAGAAGAAAGUCUUUUGCAUAA